GGUGGAGCCAUCCAAAAAUAUUCCUAAUUCCUAAAUUAAUUCUGAAUUUCCAUUGAAAUUAAAAGAAAAAGAAGAAAAAAAGAACAGUCGCUUCUCCAUUAUCCAAGUCUCCGUUUUAGAAGAAAAGCCUUAAAUACCUUUCUCUAUCUAUCGACAGACACAUCUAUAAAUAUCUCUCUCUAUCUUCUAAUUUUUAUUUGCUUUGCCAUUAUCAACUUCUUUGCUGCUUGAUCUCUAGAACCAUGGCAAACGCGGCAUCUGGUAUGGCUGUGCAUGAUGAUUGUAAGCUAAGGUUUUUGGAGUUGAAAGCUAAGCGAACUUACCGCUUCAUAGUCUUUAAGAUUGAGGAGAAGCAGAAGCAGGUUGUUGUGGAAAAGCUUGGUGAACCAACCCAAAGUUACGAAGAUUUUACUGCAAGCCUCCCUGCUGAUGAGUGCCGAUAUGCUGUUUAUGACUUUGACUUUGUGACUGCAGAGAAUUGCCAAAAGAGCAGAAUUUUCUUCAUUGCAUGGUCUCCUGACACAUCAAGGGUGAGAAGCAAGAUGAUCUAUGCAAGUUCUAAGGAUAGGUUCAAGAGAGAACUAGAUGGAAUUCAGGUAGAGUUGCAGGCAACUGAUCCAACUGAAAUGGGUCUUGAUGUCAUUAGGAGCCGUGCCAGCUAAAUUAGGAAUUUCCUAAUCCUAAUUUCGCAAUGAAGAGGUUCUUAUGCACUCCUAAGCGAAAUGUUUAUAGUUCAUGGGCGGUGAACCUGACUGAAUUAUGUUACUGGUUUGUUGUUUGAGUUUUACCCUAUAGUGCUCUUUUGAAACAGUCUCAAUGAUUUUGAUUAUAUUUUUAUGAUCUGUUAUGUACUGAACUUAUGCAAUGUGUGUUUCUUCAUUGUUAUGUUUGCAAUAUAUGGUGUAUCAUCAUCCAAUGGUAGAGAACUCGGGUUUGUAUUUGCAACGCUGAAAAAUGGAUGCUUUAAUCUUUUCUAA